AUGCAAUCCUUGAUCGACUCAUCAUCUUUGCUGGCCGCUGUGGAUCAUGGAGCUGCAGUUGUGCCAUCUACCACCAGUUUAUCGAUCGAACAUGUUGGAGACCAUCAUGAUUAUAUCGAGCCUGCACAAAGGUCCUCUGGAUUGGGUGAGGUUGCCACUGAUCAUGAGAUCGGUCCUGAUUCGAAUGAGCAACACAUCGAUCAUGACCACACUGAGGAGGCAGCAAAUCUCCCAAAGACAGUGGAAAAGCCAUCGCCCGUCAAGAUGGUCGACAGUGUUCCUUACCAUGGUGAAGACAAUGCUGAAUCAGUGAUUUCAGACAAUUCUGAACUGCAACCAGUGGGGUCAUUUGUAUCUGAGGCAUUGGCAGCGGGAAACAAUGCCAUGGCAGGGCCAUUAUGCAACCAGGCUGAACCUUCAUCUUUCACCACAGAGCUUGACAAAUUCAACGUGAGGUAUCAGUUCCCCAUAUUGACAUGCUUUCUGUCACGUCUCCUCUGA